AUGCUUCGCGGUCAAAGGUUAGCAUGGAGGACUGCUCUCCGAAACAGUCCCAGUCAUAUAUGUAGGGAUUGCAGGCGACAGCUGCUCCAGAGAAGUGGUUUGACCUUUCCCAUCGACGCUCGACAACCUAAAUCCAUCACAUCAAUUGCGACUCGACAAGGAUUACAAAUACGUCAAUUCUCUUCCCAUCCAGUCCGCCGGAAAGACAAACCGCCUGAAGAUGACUCCUCACCUCGAUCAGAGGGAUCGGAUGCGAAGGCAAAGAAAGUCGAGAACGAGUUAGACGAAGCACCUCGAACCGAAGAAGUGGCCGAAUCCAAAAAUCCCCCUUCCGAACACCAGCCUAUACCCCAAUCAUCGAGCGACGGCAAAACUACCGCAGCGGGAAAUGGAGGCGACUCAUCACCUGGAUCUGCACAAAGCUCAGGAGGAGGCGGCGAGAGCACCAGGCGUGGUCGACGAAGUACACAAAUUUCCAAACCCACCGUUCCAGAAACAUAUCCACAAGUCAUGGCCAUCCCCAUUGCCAAACGCCCUCUUUUCCCAGGGUUUUACAAGGCGAUAACGAUCCGGGAUCCCAACGUGGUAGCGGCAAUAACUGAAAUGAUGAAAAGAGGCCAGCCGUAUGUCGGCGCGUUUUUGUUCAAGGAUGAAGCUGCGGAUAAAGAUAUCAUCGAGAAAAUGGACGAUGUCCACGAAGUCGGAGUGUUUGCACAAAUAACAAGCGCGUUCCCCGUACAUGGUGACGAACACAGCCUGACCGCCGUGCUCUAUCCACAUCGUCGAAUUAAAAUGUCCGCUCUGGUGCCUCCAUCGACUCCUGGAGAACAGGGCCCAUCGGUUGUGGAAGUGCAGCCUACCAAAGAGGCCAAAUCAAAGUCUGAUGGUACCGCGGAGAACAAGGGCGAUGUGGUUGCCAGUUUCGAGGAACAGAACAAAGACCAGCCUGCCCAGUUAAGUGUGUAUGAGCCCACUGCAUUCCUUCGCAGAUUUCCGGUCUCGUUGGUCAAUGUGGAGAACUUGGCAGAAGUUGCUCAUGACAAAAAGAGUGAUGUGAUCAAGGCUUUGACUUCGGAGAUCGUCAACGUGUUCAAAGAGGUGGCAAGUCUCAACCAGCUCUUCAGAGAUCAGAUUUCUGAUUUCAGCGUGUCUCAAUCCGCUGGAAAUGUCAUUGAGGAGCCGGCGAAACUCGCAGACUUUGCUGCAGCCGUUUCGGCCGGUGAAAUUGAUGAAUUGCAAGAUAUUCUCCAGACGAUGAACAUUGAAGAGAGAUUGCACAAGGCUCUCGUCGUCCUCAAGAAGGAAUUGAUGAAUGCCAAACUUCAAUCUAAGAUCUCCAAAGAUGUUGAAAGCAAGAUUCAAAAACGACAGAGAGAAUACUGGCUCAUGGAACAAAUGAAAGGUAUCCGUCGAGAAUUGGGCAUUGAAUCUGACGGCAAGGACAAGCUGGUGGAGAAGUUCCGAGAAAAGGCUCAAAAGCUGGCGAUGCCUGAAGCCGUCAAGAAAGUAUUUGAAGAGGAGCUCAACAAGUUGGCACAUCUUGAACCCGCUGCGUCCGAGUUUAAUGUAACGCGGAAUUAUCUGGAUUGGAUCACGCAGAUCCCGUGGGGUCGACGAAGUGCCGAGAACUUUGGUAUCAAGAACGCCAUGACGGUACUGGACGAAGAUCACUAUGGCUUGAAAGAUGUCAAGGAUCGAAUCCUCGAAUUCAUUGCCGUCGGUAAGCUUCGUGGGACGGUGGAGGGCAAGAUCUUGUGUUUUGUCGGUCCUCCAGGUGUGGGAAAGACCUCGAUUGGUAAAUCAAUUGCUCGAGCAUUGAACCGACAAUACUACCGCUUCAGUGUCGGUGGUCUGACCGACGUUGCUGAGAUUAAAGGUCAUCGUCGAACUUAUGUCGGCGCCCUCCCCGGCAGAAUCAUCCAAGCCCUGAAGAAAUGCCAGACAGAAAACCCUCUAAUUCUCAUUGAUGAAGUCGAUAAGAUUGGCCGGGGACAUCAAGGAGACCCAGCAUCUGCUCUUCUCGAACUACUCGAUCCAGAGCAAAAUUCGAGCUUCUUGGACCACUACAUGGAUGUCCCUGUCGACCUUUCCAAAGUCCUCUUCGUCUGUACAGCAAACAUGACCGACACCAUCCCCCGUCCUCUGCUUGACCGUAUGGAGAUGAUUGAACUGAGUGGUUACGUCGCCGACGAGAAGAAAGCCAUUGCAGACCGCUACCUGGCGCCCCAGGCGAAAGAACUUUCGGGUCUAAAAGAUGUGGACGUCAAGCUGGACGAGUCAGCUAUCGAGGAGCUGAUCAACAAAUAUUGCCGGGAAUCUGGUGUCCGGAAUCUCAAAAAGCAGAUCGAAAAGGUUUACCGCAAAUCAGCAUUGAAAAUCAUCCAAGAUCUGGGUGAAGAAGCCCUUCCCGAGGCUGAAGCACUGACCGAAGAAGGCAAAGCGGCAAUGGAAGAGAGCGAGAGAGACGAGUCGGACGUCAAAGACACUCCGGAGUCCAUUGAGAAAGAAACAACCGAGAAUCCACGCAUUGCUCUUAAAGUCCCUGAUUCCGUCCACAUCACGAUAUCGAAAGACAGUCUCAAAGAUUAUGUCGGCCCACCGAUCUUCACAUCCGACCGUCUUUACGAGACCACACCGCCUGGAGUUGCAAUGGGACUCGCCUGGACAAGCAUGGGCGGAGCGGCACUUUACGUUGAGUCCAUUCUGGAGUCAGCUCUGUCUCCUUCUAGCAGGCCUAGCCUGGAGCGUACUGGGAACUUGCAACCUGUAAUGAAAGAAUCUACGUCGAUCGCCUACUCGUUCGCCAAACAUGUCAUGGCCACCCGAUUUCCGGAAAACCGCUUCUUCGACCACGCGAGAAUCCAUCUGCACUGCCCGGAAGGCGCCGUCCAAAAAGAUGGGCCGUCCGCGGGCAUCACGAUGGCCACGUCUCUGCUAAGUCUGGCCAUGGGAAAGCAGGUCGACCCGGCCCUUGCCAUGACGGGUGAACUGACUGUCACUGGAAAGGUGCUGAGGAUCGGCGGGUUGAGAGAAAAGACUGUCGCAGCCAGACGGGCAGGGUGUUCGAAUAUUCUGUUCCCAAGGGAUAACUGGGGAGAUUGGUGCGAAUUGCCUGACAAUAUCAAAGAAGGCAUCCAAGGCCAUGCCGUUGACUGGUACAGCGACGUCUUUGACAUCGUAUUCCCCGACGUAGAUCCUGAUGAGGUGAAUCCUCUCUGGAAAGACGCGCUCAAGAAAUCGGAUGAGAAAAAGAAUGACGAUGACGAUGAUUGA